CCUAAGAGAGCUGGACUGUUAUGAUUCCUUCUAAAGCAAGUGCUACGCAUUGACAUACUCCGGGCAUAGCCAAUCGAGCACAAUCGAACAAUUAGCAAUAUUCCCAGCGCGGUUAUCUCAGGCUACUACGAGUAUUCUUUCACCGUAUUCUCUGUCGUCAGAGGAAAAUACUUUUUAAGAAAGAAAAAAGAAAGUCGAGGGCAAGCACUGAAAUAAGUGCAGUAAAGUUUGAUGAACUAUUUUAAUCUGAAAACAUUGUCUUACUUGGUAUUAUCGACAGUGCAAGCUUGGUCUGUGGUGGCAAAUGCUACUGCUAAUUUAAAGUUACUGCCGCAAAAGUUCACAACCAUUCCUCUCUAUUAAUUAUGCCGGUUUAGUAUAAAGAAAAUUUUGUAUUUGCAUCUUUUCGAUUUUGUUUCUUUUUUUUUUAGUUUAUUUGUCUGUGAUUUCGGUCAUUCCGAGGAUUCUGGAUAUUCCGUGUAUUCCGAGAAUUCCACUCCUGGCUUUCCAAACUCACUCAACAAACAUACGAUCGCCCAUGUCACGGUGGAUAAGUUGACUGUUGCGCAACGUCGCGUGACACGAAUAAAGUUCAAGUCACCAAAGGCAGAAUCAUUUUACCAUUUAAGUACGCUAGCUGUAACAUAGGUUUCUUUUUUUUCCGAUGCCGACGACAUUUUUGGAUUUCCAUUUCAUUUUCGCAACUGUCAACCAGAUCUGCGCUAAUAUCUUACGGGGGAUUGUCCCUGGACACGAUGACGUCAUUCUCAUUGCUGAUGCAACUUGAGUGGGAACUCGGCAAUAGUACACCAAAUAAAUAAGAGGGACCGGUUGUUCGUGACCAACAACGAAUGUUUCUCUACGGUAUUUUUUUAUGAAGAGUUGUUGAAAUGGAACUGAAUCACGGAGGAUAUCGCUAUAAAUCGAUCGUAGUGACAGGAAUAGCAGAUCUGGCGUCCACUGAAGCGUUCAGCGAUUGUAACAGGUACAUCCUUGAUUGUCGAACUCUACAACCAGACCAAAUUUUAACCGAAUUAACAUCAUUAUGCCAGUUUAUUCAACACUCGAAAGUGUCGCACGUCUGGAUAAAUUGUGGCCACGGAAGAUUCCUCGAGAUCAAGGAACGGCUGGGCAAAAUAUUGAAGGAAAAUGGCACAGAGUCUGAAGACACUCAUCACGCAAUCCUAAAACUCACGACGCGCGAUCAGUCGGUACCUGUCGCUGACGCUUUAAAAACUAGCAUCGACGUCCUCAAUUUCGGAAAUAAUCUGCUAGAUAUCCAUCGUUUGUUGGACGCUCAUCCUGGUCUUUUGAAGGGAAAAGCUCAUCUGAAUAAUGCACUGAAGAGGAAACGACAAAAUGACAACGAUGAAUCUGCCGUUGCGUUACCUACAGCGGCAUAUAGCGAUAAACGUCGACCUCGCAAAAAUGUCUUUAACGAGUUGAAACGAAUGACCGCUGAAUCAAAUGAAAGCCGAAGGAAGUGCUACAUGUGCGAUUCCACAGCUGGUUUUGAUCACGUGUGCGAUGAUUGUCAUAGUUUGAACAGUGACAUGAAGAAAGUUACGUGCGAUUUGAAAGGAAGGUACGCUAUCGUGACAGGUGGCCGAAUCAAGAUUGGCUUCGAAACUACUCUCCGCUUGUUGAGAGAUGGAUGUUUCGUCAUCGCGACAACUCGAUUUCCAGCCAAUGCAGUUGAACACUUUAGCAAUGAGAAAGAUUUUAGUGUCUGGAAACACAGGCUGAAGAUCGUCCGACUGGAUCUUCAAGAUAUGCGCUCCAUCAACGAGUUCCUUGAGAGCGUCAAGAAAAACAUCCCUCAUCUGGAUAUUUUAAUCAAUAACGCUGCCCAAACAAUCUCUCGGCCUCUUCAAUAUUAUGCACCUCUUAUCUCCGAGGAAGUAAAGCGCCUGCAAAACUUGACAAAAGAUGCGAACAAUCUGAUUGUCAAUAAGAGCCAAGCAUUGGACCAAUUCAAUUCCAUGACUUCUUCUACACCAUGUCGAUCUCUUCCAUUCGAGGCAAAGUCGAGUGAUUUUCCAGAAGGAAGGAAGGACAAACAUGGAGAACAAUUGGACACCCGCUUGAGAAACAGUUGGACAUACAAUCUAGACGAGGUUCCACUGCAAGAACUUCUGCAGGUCUUGACCAUCAAUGCAGUAGGCCCGUUCAUUUUGACAGCAAAACUUAAACCACUGUUAAAACAAAGUCCUUUCCAGCGAAAAUUUGUCGUGAACGUGUCUGCAAUGGAGGGGCAGUUUUCUCGCAUCUCGAAGGGUCAUCGCCAUCCGCACACCAAUAUGGCAAAAGCUGCUUUGAAUAUGUUGACACGAACAAGUGGAUUGGAAUAUCAGAUGGAUCGCAUCUACAUGACGGCUGUUGACACUGGCUGGGUCACGGACGAACGACCUUUCCAUCAAGCACAACACGAGGCGGUCACAAAAGGAUUUACACCGCCUCUGGAUUGCCAGGACGGAGCUGCCAGAGUUUACCAUCCAGUCAUUCAUGGACUUAACCCCGACAAUUCGCCAUACUUUGCUGUCUUUUUGAAAGACUUUAAACCUAAAAGCUGGUAAUUUUAUAAUGCCUGCAUGUUUAAACGUUGUAGAGUUUUAAAAAAUCGAUUGACUAAUAACUAAUUAAUUAGUUGUAUGACUGAGAAAAUCACUACAUUGUUAUUGGCCAAGAUGUAAGAAGGCGCAAGCAAUUAAAGAUUUUAUACGCUACUUGUGAUACUUGAAAAUUCAUUCAAAUUUCACCAUUUUAAAGAGAAUUUGUAAUUGUCACUCGUAGUGCAAAUCCUUAAUUACACUCGCAUUGAAUGAAUGAAUGAAUGAACGAAUGAACGAAUGAACGAAUGAACGAAUGAA